AUGGUGCUCUCACCCAAGACCUAUACUUUCCUCUGUGGUUGCUUUGCAGCCCUAGGUUCGAUUCUUUUCGGUUAUGAUCUCGGAGUCAUCGCGGGAGUGCUCCCCGCUCCCGACUUUUUGCGGGUCAUGGACCUCGAAGACGACCCCAACGGGAACUGGAUCGGGUUCAUCUCCAGUUCACUCUUGUUGGGAGCGUUUUGCGGUUGUAUCCCGGCCUCGUUGGCUGCUGAUAUGCUCAGCCGAAGGACUGCCAUCUUUAUCGGAGCUCUCUGGUUCAUUCUCGGUGGUGUUCUGCAGACCGCGGCCAUGAACCGAGGGAUGAUGCUGGCUGGUCGAUUUAUCGGGGGGUUCGCCAUCGGACAACUCAGUUUCCUCGCCCCGUUGUACCAGACCGAGAUCGCCCACCCUUCCAACCGAGGUCGACUGGCGACGCUACAACAAUUCUUCCUAGGGAUCGGCGCCCUGAUCGCAUCCUUCAUCGUCUACGCCCUCGAAGUCACCCAACCCGGCACCGUCAUGCAAUGGCGUCUCCCCCUCGGCCUUCAGCUCUUCCCCUGUAUCCCGCUGGCUUCGAUGAUCUUCCUCUUCCCUGAAUCUCCUAGGUGGUUGAUGAGCGUCGGAAGGGAGGAGGAUGCCAUUGCCAGUUUGGCACGGUUGCAUGCGCAUGGAGAUAUUCACGAUCCGUUCGUUGUUAAUGAGGCGGCUGAGAUCAAGGCUGGGGUCAUGUACGACAAGCAGGCCGAGCAAGGUUGGAAGAAGGUCCUCGGAGACAAGUCCAACCUCCGUCGAGUCUUUAUCGGAGUCAUGCUCCAGUUCUCGGUCCAGAUGACCGGUGUCUCCUGUAUCCAGUACUAUUCUCCCCAGAUCUUUGCCGCCAUCGGAUUCGCCAAGGAGAAGACCUUCUUGUUCCAGAGUAUCAACUCGAUUAUUGCGCUCAUCGCUCAGGCUAUCUGCGUGUUCUUCUGCGACCGAAUCGGUUUCCGACCCCUCUUGAUCUACUGUAACUUGGUAUCAUCUGCCACAUUCGCCGUGGGAACUGCCCUCCAAGCCGAAUUCCCUGCCGAUCCCAACAACCCGGACGCUACGAACACUUCUGCCAGUUACGCUUUCGUGAUGAUGACCUGGAUCUUCAACUUUGCGUUUUCCCUGGGAAUCGGACCUAUCAGUUGGGCCGUUCCUCCGGCGAUCUUUACUACGGGGAUCAGGUCGAAGGGGACGGCGCUCUCGUCGAUGUCUGCUUGGAUUGCCAACUUUAUGAUCGGUCAAGUCAGCCCGAAAGCCUUCGAGUCCAUCGGUUGGAGGUACUACGUCGUCUUCUGCAUCCUCUCGUUCACCAACGCUAUCGCCAUGUGGGCCCUCAUUCCCGAGGUCGUCGGUCGAGAUCUGGAAUCCAUCGACGAACUCCUGCGGGAAGAACCUUGGUUCAUCCCCCGUUCGGCCGCGCUCAGGAAGAAGGUCAAGGGGACCGACGUCGAGGACAAGAUCAGGAAUGGAGAACAUCCUGCACCGGCAGCCAAGCUGGAUGGGCUGGAGUAUGAUGAGAAGAAGGAGGGGACGACUACUAUGGUCGAGCAUAUCUAG